UGAAAUAUAUUUAGAAAAUUUUAUUAUAUGAGUGUCUCUAAACAUGAGGGUCAAUGCUAACAAAGAAAUAGAAAAGAUCAAGAUGAACAUAAAGUUCAAUAUUGUCUUGGGUUAGGUCCACCAAUAAUCGAGAUAAACGUAUGGAAUCUGCUAAAUAAUCUAAGUAAUUUCUAUCGUAAUUGUGAACAGUAAAUUAAUAAAAGCUUAUCGUACAUUCACGAUAGAUUUUUUCUUCCGUGUUAAGAUUCGAGCAGAUCAAGCUCUUCCCUCGGUGCGCUCUCAUUCGCAUAAUUUAAAAAAUUAAUACCUCGAUUAUUGGUGGACCUAAUCCAAGACGUAACUCAAGAUAAUAUUGGACUUUUAUGUUCAUCUCGAUCCAUUCUACGUCUUUGAUUUUUAAAUUUAACUAGUUAUUUUUAAAACAUAAAAUUUAACUUAUUAACUUAAAAAUAAUUAAUCCAAGAAAGAAUUAUUCGACUUAUAUGUUUGUAAAGAUAUUUAAAAUAUUUUCGACUUAUAUGUUUGCUAAGAUGCAUGCAUCCAUAUUUUAAUAAGCGUUUAGAGCAUCUACUUUAACUAAUUACGAUGCAUUAUAUCUUUAUAAUCACGUCGUAUAAUUGCAGUAGUACAGACAUACAAUAAAGUAAACAGUGUGCUAUACACUGAUAUAGGCUGGAAUUUAUAGUCAAGUCUUAUUUUUCUCAAGUAAUGUCGAUACUAUUAAUAUGACUCUGUUAUUAAUUAUAUUGAUAUUGAAUAAUAUUGAUGAUAUCUUAAAACAGAACUAAAAAUAAUUGUAAAUAAGAUUUGACUAUGAGUAGACCAUAAUGAGCUGCGCGAACCGCGGACCGUAACGCAAUGCGCGCGCUAUCACAAUACGCUGCGAGACCGGCCGAGACGUGUUUAGUCGCGUCGGUGACAGCGUUUAUCGCGACAGUAUACUUACAGUGUAGUGUUAUUUAGUGCAGUGUAGUGUUUUAUAAAUAUAUAUAUAUAGUGUAUUUUGAGUCCACACAAUGGGCCAAAAAUAUUUUAGUAAAAAAUUGCCUCUUUCUCAUCACAGAUAUUGUAAAAAGAAAGGAUGGUUUAAAAGGAGGCAGAUGUUAAAAGCAUUGGCGGCUGAACAAAGUACAACGGUAUCUAACGAUACUAACGACGAAUCUGUCAGUUGUCAGGAUUCCAUGCAAUUACUGCCCGACUCGAUGGAUUCGACGUUCAGUACUGGAGAUACACUGUGCUUACAGCCAAUAUCAAUAAUUAAAGGUGAGUGCAAAAAUGUACAAAAAUGUAAAGACAAUAACCUUGUCAUAGAAAAAACAAGCCUUGUAGAUACUGAUCGUAUCUUACAGCAUGAGCCUAAAGAUGAUACUCUUGUCAUCGAAAAAACAGGCCUUGUAGAUACUGAUCGUAUCUUACAGCAUGAGCCUAAAGAUGAUACUUUUGUCAUCGAAAAAACAGGUCUUGUAGACACUGAGCAUAUCCUACAGCAUGAGUCUGAAGAUGAUACUCUUGUCAUCAAAAAAACAGGUCUUGUAGACACUGAGCAUAUCCUACAGCAUGAGUCUGAAGAUGAUACUCUUGUCAUUGAAAAAACAGGCCUUGUAGAUACUGAACGUAUCCAGCAGUAUGAGCCUAAAGAAGAUGGCAUUAUAAAUAUAUCUUUUUUUCAUGAAGAACUGCACCGAACAUUUGAUAAUCACGCGCGAGGAAUUGAGUGCCAAUUUAAAGACUGGAAGCUCGUAAAUACUCGUCAUUGUGGAUUUAGAACGCAGUUCUUUUACAAAUGUAAUAUGUGUCAUUACGAGGCAAACUUUUGGUCACAUCCAAAAGAUGAAAAAACUAUGGACAUUAACACUGCUAUUACAGCUGGAACCAUUACUACUGGAAUUGGUUAUGCCCAAAUGGAAGAAAUGUUUGCAGCUGCAAAUGUGCCGUGUAUGUCUCAAAAAACAUAUAUAAAAAAUCGAGAAGUAGUUCUCGAAGAAUUUGAAAAAACAGCCUUUGAAAACAUGAAAAAGGCAGGCGAACUUGAAAGGCAACUCGCUGUUGAAAGAAACGACGUAAUAAAUGGCUACGCCAGAGAUUGGAAGUAUUAA